UUUUGCAACAACUGGCAGCUGAUAUCAAUGGUCUUAUGUUAUCGUUUUCAGCAUACAAGAAAGAUAUCAUGAGGAAUUCUGAUGAUAGUUUGGAUGAACAGAAAUCGUUUUUUGAAGCAAUCGCUAGAACAAUGUGUAAUGGCUACUCUCAUGAUUUCAUUCAGCACAUGUCAAAUUCACGUGAUGAAAACUAUAAAUUCAGUUUGAAUGAAAUUCUGAAACAUAGUGAGGAAUUUUCGAAAACAUAUCAAUGUCCUCUUGGUUCGGAAAUGAAUCCUGUGGAUAAAUGUAUUCUUUAAACAAACACAGCGAUCAUCGAUGCGUGUCUGUGUGUGUGUGUUUGUAUGUUUGUCUGACAACAUUUAUUUAUACAUGUCCAUGAUUUUGUAAACUGU